AUGCAGCUUCAGUACUGCUAUGAAUAUGUGAACAAGUCAUGUGAGAAAAAUACCUGGUCAAAUAGUAUAAGGAUUCCAAUGUUUAUUUUUAUGGCAAGCACUAUCUUGGCAACGGUGGCCGGGAACCUUGCGGUCAUUAUUUCCAUUGCUCACUUUAAGCAACUGCACAGCCCAACCAAUUAUUUAAUUCUCUCCAUGUCUACAGUAGAUUUUCUCCUGGGAAGUUUUGUGAUGCCGUAUAGCAUGAUGAGAUCCGUGGAGAACUGUUGGUAUUUUGGUGAAUUAUUUUGUAAAAUCCAUACAAGCACAGACAUCAUGCUCAGCACAGCAUCAAUUUUUCAUCUAUCCUUCAUAUCUGUAGACAGAUACUAUGCUGUAUGUGAUCCUUUGAGAUAUAAAAUACGAAUGAAUGUAUUUAAUACCCUUCUUAUGAUUAUGAUCAGCUGGAUGGUCCCUGCUGUCUUUGCCUUUGGCAUGAUAUUCCUGGAUUUGAACAUUAAAGGCUCAGAAACAUAUUAUUACAGCGAAAUAAGUUGUGUUGGAGGAUGUUCCCUUUUUUUCACGGAAACUGCAGGGGCAGCGGCCACAAUAGUAUCAUUCUUCACACCUGCAUUCAUUAUGAUCUGUGUUUAUGGAAAAAUAUACAUAAUAGCCAGGAGGCAAGCAAGAUCAAUCAAAGAUGCAACUAACCAGCUGCACUUCCAGAUAACUCUUGGUGGCAGACAACAUUUCUCUCGAAGCAAGGAAAGGAAGGCCGCAAAGACGUUGGGUAUAAUAAUGGGAGUAUUCUUAAUUUGCUGGUCCCCAUUCUUUUUUUCUUUAGCUAUUAAUGCAUUUCACAACGGUAUGAUUCAACCCAUUGUUAUUGAUGCUUUUGUGUGGAUUGGAUAUUUAAAUUCAACUUUUAAUCCAAUGGUCUACGCUUUUUUUUAUGCCUGGUUCAGAAGAGCUCUAAAACUUAUCUUGUGUGGCAAAGUGUUCCAUAUUGAUUCUUCAAGAAUCAUUUUGUAUUCUGAAUAAUCAGAGGCUGAACAUUUGAUAAAAAGAAAUGUACCACUAACCAAACAUCAAGAUUUUUUGGGGGAAAUAACCAUACCUUCUAACAGUAUUAUCUUUUGGAUGUGUACAGUCAUUACUCAUGAACGGCUUGUGAACUGAAUUGUUGUGAACAUGUGUUAUUUAGAGUAAAGGGAAUUAAGUACACUGUGUAAUGUUAGUGAUUA